AUGCGGGAUCACGAACCCAAUUCAGAUCCCGAGGUUGUGGAGAUACGCAAAACUCAGCAAACGGAAGUCAAACAAUGUUUGAAACAAAGUUACAGUUUAACAGAACGCCUCAACGUUCUUUAUGAGCGCAACUGGACGCGUCUGGUUCACGAGCAGCUGCGCAAGUUCGAGUCUUCUAUAGUGGCUGCGGCGAGGCAGUCACCGGAGGCUCAGCCACCAGAGCUGGUGCUAGACUCCAAGUGGACCUUCUCUGGAGCUCUGAUUUAUUGCAUCACAUUAAUUACUACUAUAGGUUACGGUAAUGUAUCACCACGAACGGCAGCAGGCAGAGCAGCAACUGUGGCUUACGCAGCCGCUGGUGUUCCCCUGACGUUGGCCUGUCUGGCCGGCUUGGGGGCUUCUCUGGCAAGGCUGGCUAGGUUGGCUUGGCUGAGGGCGACGAAGAGGAAAGUGCCGAAUGCUUGGAGGAAGGAUACGGAGAUGGAAAAUCACCUUCCCCUGCACGAGCAACAGCGUCUGCUCCCACAGGCGACAGAACACAACCAGUACACAUCAUUCCCACCGCGAAGCCACAAAUCCCCCGGGACCGUCCGGGCCAGGGCUGGGGACAGAGGUCAAUAUUCGCAAGUAUUUGAGAGGGCCCCGACGAGCCCUAGAGCCGCGACGCUAGGUCGUAUCAAGCGCAGUGCCUUGGCUGAUGAGCCACAAACCUCAUCAGCUCUUCAAACUCAAACGUUAGAUCGCAAGAGGACCACCGGAAAAUGCCUUGCGACAGUACACGGUCCUAUUAGAGGCAGAGGACGAGGCACUAUACAAAGGCCAAGAGGUCAAGUGAUAGAACAACUAAUUGCCGAAGAAUGUGGGGAAUUAUCUUCGAACAGGUGUCAAGAUGAUCUUGACGAUUCAGAAGACACUGAUGAAGCAAUUUGCCCACACGACACCCCGUCACGAGUGCCUUUGAUUUGGAGCGAAGAGAACCAUAAGAGUAAGAGCUGCGCAGUCCCCAGCAGUACUGCUUCUACCAGCGUCCAGCACCACAUGAACCACGGCAUCGACCACUGCCAUAUACCAGUAGGAAUCGUGUUGUUUCUUCUCCUGGCGUACAUUUGUAUUGGGGCCGCCAUUUUCUCCGCCUGGGAGAACUGGAGCUUCUUAGACGCGGCCUACUUUUGUUUUAUAGCAUUAGCUACUAUAGGAUUCGGUGAUUUCGUGCCUACUAGUUUCCUCACCUCGAAGCAUACAACUGAGAAUUCCAAAAGUGAAUACAUACAAAUGAUUGCGUGUUGUGCUUACUUAGUUUUCGGACUCAUAUUAAUAGCCAUGUCGUUUAGCUUGCUACAAGAUGAAGUAGUCGCGAGAUGUACGCAAUUAGCAAAUAGUUUGGGCUUGUCACGGCAAUGA